CCUAGAUAUAUAAUCUACUAUCCUUCAAAAUCCAUAUCUAGUAUAUAAAAUCCUACCACGACGUCAUCAUCCAAAUGGAGUAGGAAUCCACCGGCUCCACACCUCGGAGGUUGGAGAUCUCCUGCCAAGAAAAAACGUUGAAUCCCCCAUGUGAGAUGGGUCACUUGUACUGUGUACUUUGUUCCAUUUUCAACCCUUCCACCUAUCCAGUCCAACUGUGACCCCUCAUCAUCAUGCCUUUGUCGGCCGUGGAUAUCAUCAACCAUUCCGCCUAUGACUCGGUGGAUUGGAAGCUGCCCCCGACCACGUCUGGCACCACUCCGGUGGCCCAGAACCGCCGCGGAGGCCCCUUCAAUCUGUACUACGAGACCCAUGGCAGCGGUCCGAUCAAGAUGGUCUGGAUAAUGGGCCUCAACGCAGUCGGCAAAGACUGGAAGCGCCAAACCAAAUACUUCGGCCACACGCACGGUGACAAGUACACCAGCCUCGUCUUCGACAACCGCGGCGUCGGCCGCACCGACAAGCCCACCACCUACUACUCCACCUCGGAAAUGGCCCAAGACGUAGUCGACCUGCUACACACCCUCAACUGGAUCGACACCUCCUCGUCCACACCCGCCCGCAGCAUCCACGUCGUCGGCGCCAGCAUGGGCGGCAUGAUCGCCCAAGAACUCGCAACGCUCAUCCCCUCCCACAUCGGCAGCCUCACGCUCUGCUGCACGGCUCCGCGACUCGUGCGCACGGUGCCCUUCAUGGAGUACCUGCGCGAGCGCGCAGCGAUGUUCAUCCCGAAGCACAUCGACGUGGAGCUGGAGCGGGUCUCGCACACGCUCUUCGGGGAGGAGUUCCUGUCGCGACCGGACACGGAGAACGAGGACCCGAAGCUGAACUUCCCGACGAAUCGCGACCGGUAUGCUGCGGGGCAGUUGCGUAAGCGGGCGGAUCCGGUCGCGUUUACGACCAAGGGGUUUCUGAUGCAGGUUGUCGCGUGCUACUUUCACAGUAAGUCUGCGGCACAACUCAAGGCGAUGGGGGAUGCGGUUGGGAGGGGGAGGAUUGCGGUUGUGCAUGGGACGGAGGAUCGGAUGUUGACGUUUAGGCAUGGGGAGAUGUUGCGCGAGGCGCUGGGGGAGGAGAUUACUUGGGUGGUGUAUGAGGGGAGUGGGCAUAUGUUGCCGUGGGAGAGGGAGAGGGAGUUUAAUUUGUUGGUGGAGGAGAUGGUGGAUCGUGAGGAGAGUAGGGAGUGAUGUAUACAUUUUACCCAAAUACUACGCUAUUACUUAUCAUGUACAUCUGGAGAGAGGGCUAGUCCUUCAGUACCCAGGUUAGAUCAUCACGCACAGCAAAG